UGGUCGCUGCCGGCGCAGCCUCACUCUGGAGUUUCCCUUCCGGGGUCAGAGGUGGCGGCGGGCCCGGAAGCGGCGGCCGGCGGGACCCGGACCCGGCACCGGCACCGGGAGGUGGCCCAUGUCCCCGGAGGAUGAGCAAGCCCCCGGAGCUGCAGCACGACCUGGAACGAAGCCUCCCCGCCAUCGCCUCCAUCAGCUCCUCCCUCUCGCAGAGCCAGGGCUUUUCGCCUUAUUUCCUCUCCCCGGAGAAGAGAAAAGCCAUCUCGGAUGUGAGGAGAACCUUCUGCCUCUUCGUCACCUUCGACCUGCUCUUCAUCUCCCUGCUGUGGAUCAUCGAGCUCAAUACCAAGGUGGGCAUCAAGGAGAACCUGAAGGAUGAAAUCAUCAACUACAAAUUCAAGACUUCAUUCUUUGAUAUCUUUCUCUUGGCUCUGUUUCGGUUUCUGGUGCUGCUCCUGGGCUACGCCGUGCUGCGCCUGCGCCACUGGUGGGUCAUCGCGGUCACCACACUGGUGUCCAGUGCCUUCCUGAUUGUCAAGGUCAUCCUCUCCGAGCUUCUGACCAAAGGGGCUUUUGGGUAUUUACUUCCCAUUGUCUCAUUUGUCAUUGCUUGGCUGGAGACCUGGUUCCUGGAUUUUAAAGUCCUAACUCAGGAAGCAGAAGAGGAACGAUGGUUCCUGGCAGCCCAGGCUGCAGCCUCGAGGCCUCUGCUGUACCCCAGAGCCCUCUCCGAGGGACAGUUCUACUCCCCACCCGAGUCCUUUGCAGGCUCAGACAACGAGUCUGAUGAGGAAGGUGUGGGGAGGAAGGCCUUGACAACUCAGGAAAAGGAGUAUGUCCGACAAGGCAAAGAGGCCAUGGAGGUUGUGGACCAAAUCCUCGCUCAGGAGGAGAACUGGAAGUUUGAGAAAAACAAUGACUUUGGUGAUGUUGUUUACACUUUUGAAAUCCCUUUCCACGGCAAGACCUUUAUUUUAAAGGCUUUCCUGCAGUGCUCCCCUGAAAUGGUUUACCAGGAGGUGAUUCUGCAGCCCGAGAAGAUGAUCCUGUGGAACAGAACAGUGGCAGCUUGCCAGAUCUUGCAGCGGGUUGAGGACAACACGAUCGUCUCGUACGACGUGGCGGCCGGAGCUGCUGGCGGGGUGGUGUCCCCAAGGGAUUUCGUGAACGUGCGUCGGAUCGAGAGGAGGAGGGACAGGUACGUGUCCUCAGGGAUGUCGACCACGCACAGCCUGAAGCCUCCGCUCUCCAAGUACGUCAGGGGUGAGAAUGGACCUGGAGGAUUCAUCGUGCUGAAAUGUCCCAGCAAUGCCAAGGUCUGCACCUUCAUCUGGAUUCUCAACACGGAUCUGAAGGGUCGCCUGCCCAGGUACCUGAUCCACCAGAGCCUGGCUGCCACCAUGUUCGAGUUCGCCUUCCACCUGCGCCAGCGCGUGGCCGAGCUCUGCUCCAAGCCCUGAGAACCUUCCAGAACCUUCUCUGCUCUCUGGGCCGAGCUCUGCCCAAGCCCUGAGGACAUUCUGGCCCUCUCUGGCCAUGGGGACAGGAGCCUGCACCCCCCCAGGCAAGGAGGGGUCCCCUCAAUACCAGCCAGGGGGGCUCAGCCUCUCCUCCCACCAAUGCUCAGGUGGGCUUGGACCCGACUGUUCUGUGCCAAAUCCCUGCCCUGGGGGCUGGGCAGGGCCCCCCCUCCCCAAAAUCAGGUUGGGGGCUCAGCUGGCACCCCCAGAUUGGUGUGAGUGGUACCCCCAGAUUGGUGUCACUGAGAUCCCCAGAUUGCUGUCAGUGGCACCCCCAGAUUGGUGUCACUGGCACCCCCAGAUCGCUGUCAGUGGCACCCCCAGAUUGGUGUCACUUGCACACCAAGAUUGCUGUGACUGGCACCCCAGAUUGGUGUCAGUGGCACCCUAGAUCGCUGUCAGUGGCACCCCCAGAUCGCUGUCAGUGGCACCCCCAGGUUGGUGCGACUGGCACCCCCAGGUUGGUGUUGCUGAGAUCCCCAGAUUGGUGUCAUUGGCACCCCCAGAUUGCUGUCAGUGGCACCCCCAGAUUGGUGUCAGUGGCACCCCCAGAUCGCUGUCAGUGGCACCCCCAGAUCGCUGUGACUGUCACCCCCAGGUUGGUGUCACUGGCACCCCCAGAUUGGUGUCAGUGGCACCCCCAGAUCGCUGUCAGUGGCACCCCCAUUUUGCUGUCCCUGCUCCCCAAUUCCCUGAGGAAGAGGGGGCAGAGGAGGUGCCCAUGUCCCAGCUGAGCCCUCAGCGCCUCAAGGCACAAUUUGUGACACCCCCAAACCCCCCUGGCUCCGGCUGAGCCCCCUCAUUCCUUCCUUCCUUCCCUCCUUCCUUCUUUCCCCAAGCUGCAGCUCCGGGCGGAGCCAGCGCGGGAUUUGCCUUAAGCAGAGACUUUGCUCCAUUUUGGGGGUGCAGGGGGGGGGUUUGGGGGUGGGGGGGGUGCGGGGGCGGCUGCAGCUCCUCCCCUACCUGUGAGCUCCGUGUGAGCUCCGUGUGCUGCUCUAAAAACAGCAGCAGCAGCAGUGUGGGGGCUGCAAUGGGGAUGGGGGGCACCCACAGCCCCCCCCCAGGGCUCUCUGUGCCCCCCCUGGGGGUCUGGGGGGGUCCGGACCCCCCAAAAUUUGUGGGGGAUGAAUUAAAGCCUUGCACUGUUUGCA